UAUAAAAGGGGCGGUCUACGGCGCAACGCGCGUCAGUCGUCACGACGUAGUGUUGUAGUACGUGGUGAUAUCGUAAACGCGAAACAAAAGCGGACCUAAUCGAGCACGGAAGCGGCGUGAUAAGAAAAGCGAGAGCGGUCGAGUGCGGGUAACGGGGGGACGCGACGCGCGUCUCCGAGAUCGUGAUCUCGCAUUUAAUCACCACGGCGUCGGUGGUGCCUUUGUCCGCGGCUCGACUCGGCGGCAUGAAAUAACGACGGACCGGAAAGAACCAUCGAGGCGGCAGACAGCGACGACGUCCUGAUUCGAAGCGUCCGUGCUCAGUCCUCAGUGUAGGCUAGUCGGUCGCUCGGCGGUCGUUGUCUUAACGUCGAACCAUCUACGACGAAAUUCCAUCCAUCCGAUAGACGAACGGUGUGGAGCCAAGGUGGAAAACUAUUCUGGAGACGACGAGGGUUUGAAAAGAAAAACAAAAUAACACGACUCUGCCGAAUGCUCUUCCAUUUGUCAUUGCGGACCUGUAAUCUCAAUUUCAUCAAUCAACGUUGCGACGAUAACGUCAUCUUCCUCGAGGCGAGAAGUGUUGUUUCGGCAAACGAGGUUAUCUCCCGGUAGGCACCUGGAGAUUCGGUCUUCGAUUCGUCAUCGAUUUGAGGUCGUCCACGUGCGCGAUUUCAUCACGAGAGGUUAUUCCCGUCCGGGUUAGGCGUUGACACGUUUAUUAUUAUCGACGACCCGUUUCCUGGCACGAGCUAUUCCGAGGAACGUCAAGGAUCUUGACGGAGCAUACGACAACAAAUAUGGCCGCCGUGGCGUCGUACGCGUGCACUCACAACUGCACGGACGCGGAAUACCCGCCGUCCUGCGACAUCCUCGGAGGCACCGACGAAUGGCUGCCUUGGUAUGAGAUCGUGGAGUAUCUCUCGUACAAUCCGUGGAUAUUCUCCCUUCUGGGAAGCACCAUGGUCGGCCUCACGGGUAUCUUCCCCCUAUGGCUCAUCCCCAUCCAGGACGGUGUGGAUUUGAAAACUGGCGAAAAUGGUGGCACUUUGAAGAUUCUUUUGAGUUUUGCUGUGGGCGCAUUGUUAGGCGAUGUUUUCCUACAUCUUCUGCCGGAAGCAUUCGAAAGUGAAUUUCAAACGAGAGCUAAAGAUAAUCACGCAUCUACACCUGCAGGCUUGUGGGUAUUGUCCGCCUUUCUGUUCUUCGUAAUCGUUGAAAAACUCAUCGUCACUAUAAACGAGGAAGCCCCGAUCAUUGUAGAGCAGCAGACUGAUGAAACUCUGAUCAAGGAUAUAAAUAAAGAAAAAGAAAUGGAUAAUAAUAAUUGUAUCAUGAUGACGAGCACUGAGAAAAAUAGUUUAUUAAAAAAAUGCUUGAAAAGUACAACCGAGGUACAAUUCCUGGAGAAACAAUCCAGUAAGAUGGAGUUUGCUCAAAUGCUGAACGGUAUCAAAGAUCUACGAAAGAAUGGUUUUAAAGAUGCUGACAUUAUGAAAUCUGCAUUAGCAAGCGAAUGUCCUAAUGACGGUCCACUGGUUGACGAGGCGAAGAAUUGCUUGAAGAAACUCGCGAAGACUAAUGGCUUUACAUCAACGAUUUCACGUGUUGACUCUCCAUGCGUACGCUCACCAAGCAAUAUUGUUAAUCGUUUAAUCGCAUGGGCAAAGAAAUUUACCUUCGACUUUUUUCGUAAAUUUUUCGAUCCCAAAGCCUUUCCCGGAUAUCUAAAUCUUUUGAUGAACUUCCUCGACAAUUUUACUCACGGUUUAUCUGUGGGUGGAUCGUUCCUAAUUUCCUUCCGUGUAGGUGUCCUCAGUACGUUCACUAUUUUGGUACAUGAAAUACCUCAUGAGGUUGGCGAUUUUGCUAUUCUAUUACGAAGUGGAUUUAGCAAAUGGGAUGCUGCGCGGGCGCAGUUAAUUACGGCUGGCGGUGGGAUCGUUGGUGCUUUGGCAGCCGUCUCCUUUUCUGGUAGUUUAGAGGAAAGAACCAAUUGGAUAUUACCAUUGACCGCAGGAGGAUUCAUACAUAUUGGUUUAGUAACCAUCCUGCCCGAUUUGUUAAAAGAAACGAAUACAAAAGAGUCUUUAAAACAAUUUGGCGCUUUACUUUUGGGAGUUAUUAUCAUGGCUGCACUGAUCUUUAUUUAGAUCAAAUAUAUUUCAUUAAAGAAUUACAGCGAAUUCAAUUACCGCAGUGCAUAUUAAAGCCGUUAUACACUAAUCUAAUUUGAGUCUAAUGAAGCUUUCGCGAUUUAACUCGUUUCUACAUUUAUAUUAAAUAUACAUCUUUAUGUUAAUUUGUUUAUUACGACGACUUUAUAUGCAUUAGUGCGCACAAUCGAAUUCGCUAUUAGUUAUGCAGAGAAAUUCUAUUAUGUUGAUGUAAAUUUCAGUUAUGUCAUGCUAUCGCUGAGUUGAUAGAAAAAUGACACAUCUCAAAAUUAGCAACUUUUCACACAGUAGAAUAUUUUUACAGUUCUGAAUUGGAAUAACACUUUAAUUAGAAUAGUGAAUAUGCAGUUUCUAUAACUUCGCUUUCUUUCCAUAUUAUACUUUCAAUUAUAAUAUGAUCUUUAAAAUUAUAUCAUGAGUUUUCAAAAUUUGAAGCUUGUACUGUACUGAAACUUUGUUUGAUUGUACUAUAACCCUAGUACAAUCCCCUGUAAUAUAUAUAUUUUAUCCCGCUAUAUAACACUUUUCAUAUAAACAAGUGAACUACAAAUGUGUCAUAUUUUUCACAAAAAUAUAUUGGUUUUCAGGGUCACUUUUCUCUCAUCUAAAAAAUUCUAAUUUUUUACUUUUGUAUCACUUUUCUAUCAUCACAACGACAUGUAUCAAUACAAUAUUCUGAAGUUGCCAUAAAGUUAUAUAACACUUUUUCUCUCUAUAUUAUUUAAUGAAAGAAGGCAUGUGCACGUACUGGGAAUGCCUUAACAUAUGAAGUUGCACGCUUAUCAGAGAACGUAUGAGAAGAAGUGAGAAGACAUGAAAAAACAUGAAAAGGCACGUUAAGACAUUCCUGUCCCCAUCUGUACACACAGUGCAGUGUGUGCAAAUAUCUUAACGCUUUUAACAUGCCUUUUUAUGUCUUCUCAUUUUUUCUCAUGCCUUCUUCUCCGAUACUCUCGCGCAACUUCGCGUGUCAAGGCAUUUGUGACGCCAUAUGUACAAGAGUGCUUAUGUCUUAUUUUGAUCAUCAUGAUUAUUUUGAAUUUUGAGUACAUAAAAAUAAUUUUUAUUUAAAUCAUACAUAAGAGUCUAUUGUCGCUGUUCCUCCUUCCUUGAUAAUCCGAUUUCCAUUUCAAAUUAAGCAACAAGAGCUAACAAAUUUUGUAGUAAGAAUAUUUUUCAAUACUGAUGAAAUAUUAGUCUGAGAUUUUUGCAUUAUUUCAGUGAAUACUAUAGAGAAAGAAAGGGAAGGAAAGGGGUGAAUAAGUGAGUAAAUGGGUGAGAGAGAGAGAGAGAGAGAGAGAGAGAGAGAGAACGAGAGAGAAAGAGAAAAA